AUGGAAGAUCUCAUUUCCAAGGUUGAAGAGAUAAACCUGUCUUUACUUGGCUCCAAAUCAUCCCUAUGUACCGUGCAGAGCAACGCAAAGAACGAAAUCGGCACAGAAGUACAGGAAAUUCGCAAGGCUUUACAUCAGAGUAGCCAAGAGCUCGAAUAUGUCAAUGUCGAAGUUAGCGGGCUACUAGAAGAUAUAAAUAAGCACGCGGGGAAAGAAUUGAAAAACCUACAACCCCAAAUGAAAUGGCUUGAAUCGCAUGUUGGCAGCAUAGUAUACAGUCUUGAGAAGGCUGAAGCUAAGAUCAGUUCGGCUAUGGGUGGAAGUAUGGCUUUCCAAAGCUCUUUGAUGGACAUUGAGCAAGAAAUAGCCACCAAGCGGAGAGACUUGACAGAAGCAAAACAAGAGAGUGCAAACUUGAAAUCCAAGGCGCUCAAAGACAAGAAGGAGAGCCUGAAGCUCAUCCGAGAGACAGAGAAGGAGAUCGCUGAGAAAGAUCAAAGCAUCCAGACCAAGACAGAUGAAGCAUCGACCUUGCGUUCGGAACUGUCAAUCCAACGAAGUCAGUUGGAUUCUUUGAACGCGGACCUGGAGAAAGCGCAACAGCGAGCCCGGCGAAAGAAAGAAAAAGCUUGGGGUGGUGGACUCAUGGCCAUAUCGGGCAUACUCUUGGCUCCAGUAACUGGUGGGGCAUCUCUUGUUCUGACUGCUGGAGGAGCUGGCUACGGCACUGCCAAAGCAGUCGAAUAUGACACUGUCAAAGAUCAUAUACGGGACUUGCGAUCGAGAAUAUCAACCACGGAGGCCAGAGUUCUUGAGGCUGAUCGCCGAAUUGUCGAAUUAACCACCGAGAAAAGUUCUCUCGAGAGUCGGCUGCAGCGGUUGAAGAGUACGCUCAAGUCUGAAGAAGCGACCCGAUCUCGCAUUCAGAAAGACAUUGGCCGAGCAGACCAGCUGACGGUGGAAAUCGCCUUGCUCCAGAAGCACGCACAGGCGGAAUCGUCCAAAGUGCGCGAGUGCGUUCGAGAGCUCGGCGCCCUGAAGUCCAAACUGCAUGAAGUGGCUACGCAGAUCAGCAAAGAAGCGACACAGCUCACUAUCGGCUCAAGCGACAUGGCGACCGCGAAAGGCGCGAAUGCUGCGCAAAAGCGACUCCAGGAACGUAAUAAGAAGGCGAUUGAGAGCCUGGCUGAAGCGAUGUCCAAUGCCCAGCUGAAGAUCCCCACUUUGCUUCCCACUACUGGAACGUAUUUUUUGGAGGGAAAAGCAGAGAAGGAUCAAGCCGUUGUUUCAUCGAUUGCCGUGAGUAAAAUGCCCCGGCUCACCGCAAACUAG